GAAUCAGUCGUGCAACCUAACUCGUCCAAUAUGAAAUCUGCAGUGAUUCUUGGUUUAGCCUGUUUGUUGGUUGUUUUACUCCACCAUUCUGCCGAUGCUGUGUGUGUAUAUUUGUGUCUGAGUUCUGUAGUCUACAAACGUACUGAAAUGUCAGACCCACGGCAAGAUGUAGUUGUGGGGGACGAUGUGGGUCCUUCACGUGUCCUGACCCUAACAAUACCAAGGGAUGUAAUUGUGUUUCCUGUACCUGCAUCAGGGGCAAUGUCGGUUUCCGCCGAUGCUGUGCAAGAAGCUGUGGAUUUUGGAACUCGGAAAAAUGUUUCACCUGUAAACCAUGGCAAAGUUGCAGUUGUAGCGGAUGCCGAUAAAAUCCAUUCCAAUUUGACCAUGUACAAUAUUUGUCUGUUAUAGUAUGAACUGAUUAUUUGUUGUAUUUUAAAGCAGCUUUCUCUCCCAAAUUCUGGUGGAAAUCUAUUUUUGAUCUUUAUUUUGUUUCUUGUGACGUUUCAUGAAAUAAAAAUUGUUAUUCUAUAUUU